AUGGACUGGAGAAAGAAAGGCGCAGUAACACCUGUUAAAGACCAAGGACAAUGUGGGUGUUGUUGGGCGUUUUCAGCUGUGGCAGCUAUGGAAGGAAUAACCCAACUGAAAACAGGUCUUACUACAGAGAGCCACUACCCGUACAAAGGAGUCGAUGGCACCUGCAACAACAACGAGGAAUCUAACCAUGCUGCAGCCAUUACGGGUCAUGAAGAUGUUCCUGCUAAUAGUGAAAGUGCACUAUUGAAAGCUGUAGCUAGUCAGCCUAUUUCUGUGGCCAUUGAUGCUAGUGGGUCCGACUUCCAAUUCUACUCUAGCGGGGUGUUUACAGGAGAAUGUGGUACUGAACUAGACCAUGGUGUUACUGCGGUUGGUUAUGGAGCAAGUGCUGACGGAACUAAAUAUUGGUUGGUGAAGAACUCUUGGGGAACAAGUUGGGGUCAAGAGGGGUACAUAAUGAUGCAAAGAGAUGUUGAUGCGCAAGAAGGCCUUUGUGGCAUUGCCAUGAUGGCUUCCUACCCGACUGCAUAA